AUGACUUCCUAUCAAGAGUUAACGGCCGAAGGGGAGAGUAGCCCUCUGUUCACGGGCUGCUGCCGAGCAAAAGAGGUCAUAAACCGGGACCUGGACGGCAGGACUCAUCCUGAACUCGGCAGUCGUGAUGAGGAAGGGAAACUGGAGGUGGAAGUCGCCUCAGGAUUUAAUUCUCCGCAUCCCCGGUACUUAACUCUCUCCAACAGUUUGGCUCUGUGUACCUCUUUGGACAGCCCUCCUCCACCGUGUGAGACUCUCGAGGGCUUCUCGACACCGGCCUGCCCCCACUUGUCCCGUGUCCCCUGGCGGUGCAGGGCGCAGGGGCAGGGCUCUCCAGGACGCGGAUUCUGCGCCUCAAAUAACAACGAAACGCUACGAUCCGGCGUUGGGUCACUUACAGAGCAAAUUCAUAUAUACUCUCGAAAUGGCCCUGAGAUUCACGCCACCACGGGGAGUUCCGCUGGCUCGGACUGUAACGUAGCUUAUAUGGAUGUAAGCAGAAAAACUUUUGAGUGGAUGAGAGUGAAGAGGAGUCAGCACCGGCCGGCCAGGAUGCACAUGACCUGUGGGUUCAGUAUUGUUGGCUCGGGCCUCGGUGCUGUAGAGGCUGGGAGCAGCAGCAUCUGCACGGAUGGCCAUCCCACGGUGAACGGGACCCCAAGGACCAGCUUCAGCACCAAGCAGCUGACCGAGCUGGAGAAGGAGUUCCACUUCAACAAGUACCUGACGCGGGCCAGGCGGGUGGAGGUGGCCAGCGCCCUGCAGCUUAGCGAGACGCAGGUGAAAGUUUGGUUUCAGAACAGGCGCAUGAAGCAGAAGAAAUUACAGAGAGACGGAAUGCUCUGCGACCCGAUGCCCGCGGCGCUGCACUCACACGCCGACACUUUGGACACCUGCCCCUCUCCUUGACCGACAUCGCCAAAACACCUGCAUCUGAACUCCUGAACCGCAGGAGCUGCAUCACGCGUUACACAUGCAAGGGCGCCUGCCUGCAGAUGUUUUGAUUCCCGUUUGCAUCGGUUUCAAUUAGGCUUCACCUUUAUUUGCUUACCACGAUGGAUGCUUAUCGCAAGAAGCGCAAUGGCAAGUUUCUUCAUGCAAGAACGGGUCAAAACAAUUUGUCAUCCUCUCCCGGCUUCAGACUGGCGCUCUGAUUUGAAUAUUAAAAUUCAAGUCAUUGCAUCGCGCUCCAUAUCUAUACACAGUGUAAACAAGGAAACUAAAUUAUAUUAAUUGUCCAUAGAAACUUUGGUAGACUAUUUGUUUAUUUAUUUUGUACAAUUUAUCCAGGAACUGACUUUACUUAAAUAGUCAUUCAAUAGGACACGUGCCUCCUAGUUUUGUUUAAAAUAGUUAUUUGUUAUUUAUUAAAAGUCUACAUUUGAAAUGGUUUAUUCUAGUGACAGAAAGAAAAUACAUUAUUAGUAGCAUAAAUUUGACUAAUUAUUCCAACAGAUUAACAUACUGCUUUCUCAACCAAUUCAAGAUGCAGCAUUGCGGGGAUUUCUUUUUAUAUUUCUUUUAAAAAGCUGUUUGUCUCUGACACAUUUGAGGAAAUAUGCACCUGUUACAAACAUCUUUAACAUGUUAGCAGAUAAUUAUCAGGCUAAUUUAGCAGAGUUUUAAUGCUGCUUUAAUGUUGUGUAUUUUGUCCGGUUUUAAGGUGUUCAUCCACGGAUUAAAAUGUCAUAAUUGACUGAUAGAUUUAUUGACCGCUCGCAUUACGAGUAUUGAUCCGUGGUGAUCCAUCUAUUUGAGGCACAAAUCUAGGAGCAUUUGCGUGCGUCUGUAACUGCAUGUUAAUGGAAUGUGGAAACAUCACGAUCGGGAGUUGUUGCGUCUUUUAUUACCUCUAUAUACAUGCAUCAGAAAAUGACAAUUUAGCUUGAACACUCAUGCGGGAGAGCAGACAAUAAAACGCUUUCUUGGCUGUUUUGCAGAUCAACCAAUAAAUUGUUUGGUCCCAGCAGCUCGAGCUGCUAAAUAUUCCUUCCAGAUUCACAUCUCAUCUCAUAUCAAGUAAAUGAUUGUAAACUCGGCCCUUAAACACUGUUAUGUUCCCGGUAUGGCAAUGCGUUUCUGUCAUGAUAAUGUCUAUUCUAAUAUCAAGAUAUGAGGCCAUCGGCCACAUAUUCAUUCUAUGUAAGGGCAUAUUUUAGUUUAGCUUUAAUUAGCGGUUAUUGCACUGGAUAUGAAGGUUAGUAGAUGCAAAGCGGAUGUUAAUGACAAUAAAGGAAUUCAACUUAAAGCAUCUGGGUGUCGCUUAGAAAUAAACAGCGAGAAUCAAUCAGAAGAAUUAAUCUGGCUAAAGUGCGUUUUAAACCUUUAACAGGUGUCCUCAUUGGAAUUUGGCUUUUAAAUAAAAUAGCCUAAUAAAAAUCACUAAUACAAUUAGUAUUAGACAGUUGCACCCGCAGGAGUGGACAUGAAGUAGCCUAAAUGUAUGCAGUUACACCGAAGUUCACCUCUCACCUCUUGACCCCUCUUGCCUCGGGACAGCGAUGACCCGGUCAGCGGCUCAGAGAAUGAUGCGUAUUCAUUUGGGGGGUGACAUCGAAGUCUCUCUCUCUCUCUCUCUCUCUCUCUCUAUUUCUCUCUCUCUCUUUCUUUCUUUCUUUCUUUCUUUCUUUCUUUUUCUCUUUUCUCUUUUCCCCAACAUCUCGGAACGCUUUUGUUCUGGUGGUGGAUCCAUGUCCACCCAAUAAUAUUUCAUCCAGCUAAAUAGAGGGGCGACUAGGCCAUAUGAUAAUUGUUCAUAUUAUAAUUCCAUCCUAGGCUACAUAAAGCUCCACCUCCCCUACACCUAGAGCUAACCUAAUUUUUGCCCUAUCUCUUAUUUUAAUAAGCCAAAAAAUAUGCUCCUGGCUCACUUUAUAAACUGGAUGAAACUUUUCACCCAAUAUGUUUUGGGAUAUAAACUACAGACCUAUUUUUAAUAGCAAAGUUGAAAAAUUAAAGUUACUUGAGCAUGCUGAACACUUAAUACGAUUCCAUGUCUGAGCUAGUAUAAACAAAAUUUAGAACAACUAUUUAUAACAUGCAGGCUGCUUAUAUAUUUCAUAAAUAUCUGCUUGAAUAAUUUUUGAAGAAUUUACACAUUAAACACCUCCAAACAAUAUUUUUUUAAUAAUGUUCAUCUCAUUAAUAUUAACUGAAAGCUAGAAAGGAAUACAAGUUCAAACGUAAAGGUCUGCAGAGGAGCUUUUGACAGUGCAAACAUUUGAAAGUUUUAUUUGUAAUUGAUACAAAUGAUUUUACAUGGAAGGUAGACUAAAAAUGUGUUGAGCCCAAUUUAUUUGAAAUUUGCAUUUAAACAAAAUACACACCAUUAAGGUCGCCUUCUCUAAACAAAAUAGCACAAAGUGGAAUGUUUAACAAAACCUUCAAAUGUGUCCGUCUUUUUUAAUGCAAAUAAGUGUGCACUUGUGAAGGUUAUGAGGAUGACGAUGAGGUCAAUAAUGUUGAAACAAUGUGAUGAUAAAACUUGUGAAUGUAAAAAUGGCACCUCAUGUCCACUGCUCCUAUACUGAGAAGUGUGUUAAGUUGACCUUAUUAGAAACUCUUUUAUCAUCUUGUGCAAAUUUGUUCCCUUGCCACAGGGCUUCAAGUUACAGGUUGUAAUGUGCACAGAGGAUGCUUGCAGCAAGUAUGAACUCUUUGACUUUUUUUUUUAAUCCAAACUUACUUCAUCACAGUUUCUACUGUAUAAAAGAUUAACUUAGAAUUGUGCACUAAUUUAAAAUAGUAGAGAAAAUGUGUGGAGGAAAAAAACUUAAUGUGAGUUAUAGGGAUGAGGUGAAGGUGAAAAGAAGAGUUGAUUUGUUUUGGGUGAACUAUCACUUUAAUUUCAUUCCGUGGCAGCUUCAGCAUUUGCCUCUCAAUUGAUGAAAGGCGAACCGCAUUGUUUGUUCAGACCUGACAUUUAGUUCGAAAGCAUUUGAGUGUGACUCUACUCUGAUGAAUUUGUGCUCUUCUGUAAUUCCUUCCUGGAGAUGUACGAUUGGUUCACGAGACUGACAGCUGUGCUUCGUUUAUACACAAGCUAACACACAGUAAAUGGAAAGAAAAUAAAACCAAAAUAACUCAACUGGAAAUGUAUUACUGCCACAGGUUGUAACAGUGAUGACAUUAAACAAGUUGGGAUUUCUUCCCCUUUAUUUGUCUUUCCCCUUCCUGUACAGCAAUAAUUUCUCUAUUGAAAUUCAUUCCAAAAUCUAUUUUAUUUAACUAAUUUAUCUAAAUCAAUAAGAAACAUGUAUCAUAAUGAAGUAUAAUAGAUUACUUGUGCAUUACUAAUGUAAUGCAAAUACCUACAUUAUUUGUAAAAGUUAAGUAACCUGUUAUUAUUUUUUAAUAAAACACUGUGAUUGAGAUAUCAAACUCAUACAUAGUUCAUCAUGAAUGAGGCUAUUGACCAUCUUCUGUAUUGCCUUCUAUUGUAAGUUACACUGUAAACCCAGAUUUAGUUGUAAUUCAACUUUUAGUGGUACUCCUUAUUCUUUCAUGUUUUGUUAAAAAACAUAUUCAUUACUAAAUCACGUUAAUUGUUUGUAAUAAUCAGCUUAAGUAUUAAGUGCACAGAUCAUAUUAAGCAGAGAUAACUAAGGAUGUUUCUGUAUGGGAGGGGUGGGGUCAUUUGAACUGUUCUGUGCUGAAGCGAAUAUAUAUGUUCUGAAGGGUUUCUGUCCUGGUUAAAGUGUGUUUCAAUAAUGUUCUGUUAAUGAUUUGGGUGUGCAUUUAUGUUAUCUGGGUUUUAGUUUUGUAUGGCUGAUUUAGUGUUCAUGUUUAUCUAAAUUUAUUGUUGUACCAUGACCGAGACCUGGGUGGGGACUGAUGGGGUCUGGGCAGUAUUAAAAAGUCUCUCGGUACAUACAAA